CCUUAGAGGCCGGAGCUUGCGCAAUAUGUUUUGCACGGCCCUGGCUGCUGGCAGUGUCUGGUUGUUGUUGUUGUUGUUGUCACAUUCAUAAGGGGAGGGGGGGAAGAAAGUAUUAAUCAAGUUAGCAUAACCCCGCGUCCUUCGCAUGAGGUUUCUGGAGGAGCCCCUCCCUGCCAUGAGCGCGGACCUCCAGGUCGCCAGCCCCCCCUCCUUCUGCAGUUGAUGGAUCUGCUGCUGCUCCGGAGAUGACAGACAGCGUCAGGGCCUUCCUCCGCAAUGUUGCGACGGGGAUCAAGGACUCCAUAUUGGGGAUCGGAACAAUCUCCAAGCUGGAUGCCCGCAUUCAGCAGAAAAGGGAGGAGCAGCGGAGGAGAAGGGCCAGCGGGGCCCUGGCACAGAGACGGGCACAGAGUGAGGAGCGCAAACCGGACAGUGACCCCAAAGUAGCCAGCCGGAUUUUUCAGUGCUGCGCCUGGAAUGGAGGAGUGUUCUGGCUCAGUCUGUUUCUCUUCUACCGGGUGUUCAUCCCCCUGCUGCAGGCUCUCACAGCAAAGAUCAUCGGUGACCCCUCCCUCCAUGGCAGUGUGUGGUCCUGGUUAGAGUUCAUCCUGACCUCCGUCUUCAGCGCUCUCUGGGUUCUCCCUCUGUUCGUCCUCAGUAAGAUAGUCAACGCCAUCUGGUUCCAGGAUAUAGCCGACUUAGCAUUUGAGGUGUCUGGAUGUAAAGCGCAGCCGUUCCCCAGCGUCAGUAAGAUCAUCGCAGACAUGCUCUUCAACCUUCUUCUCCAGGCACUCUUCCUCAUUCAGGGCAUGAUUGUUAGCCUUUUCCCCAUCGAUGCCAUUGGCCAGAUGGUCAGCCUCCUCCACAUGUCGCUGCUCUACUCGCUGUACUGCUUUGAGUAUCGCUGGUUCAACCAUGGCAUUGAGAUGCACCAACGGCUUUCCAACAUUGAGAGGAACUGGCCCUAUUACUUCGGCUUUGGUUUGCCCAUGGCUCUGCUGACCGCCCUGCCCUCCUCGUACAUCAUCAGUGGCUGCUUGUUCUCCAUCCUCUUCCCUCUAUUCAUCAUCAGCGCUAAUGAGGCCAAGACGCCAUCAAAGCUGUACCACUUCCAGCUACGUCUCUUCUCCUUGGUGGUUCUGAUCAGCAACAAGUUUUUCCACAAGACUGUCCACCUGCAAUCCUCCCUGACGUCGUCCACCUCCUCAGAGAAGCUGUCCUCCCCACACACCUCCCCGGCCCGCCAGAGACCUCUCCCCACCCAGUGAAGGGGAUAGUAGGGGGGAGGAGAGGGUGAUUCUUCCAGGUGGAUUUCCUUAAUUGAAGAUGAUAUUUGGUGGUGUAUGAGGGUUUACAUGUUUUUUUUUUAAUCCAAUCUCUUUCACGAUGGUUAUUGGUUUGCAGAGCCCACCAGACACAUUUUCAAUGUGACCUGUGCCUCACACACUCAAAAAAACAUAACACAGAAUGAGCUCUUGACCUUUCUCUUUUUAAUUUUCUGUCAUUGUUGGGGGUUUUUUCUGUUUCUGUAUGUGCCAUUUGAGUGACUUUCCUUUUAAUAAAUCACAGCACAAGAAAUCACGUAGUUAUAAUAUGUUUAAGAAAAGGUGUAGCGCCUUGUUUGUAUUCAGAAGCAAAGCACAGUCUGGAUGUAUCCACAGUACAUGUGUGCGUCAUGUUGCAGGUCACGUUCCUUCCUCACAGAUCGAAUGUUUUAAUGUCAAACGGUGGUGUCCUAAGUGUUCAGACAUGAACUUGUAUGGUUAAAAGGCUAAAAAAGAGGGUCUUCUUAUCCUGUUUUUUUUUUUUUUGUAGAAUAUACAAACCAGUUCAGGAGCUGCUAUGAAGAAAGAUUGGUCACUUUUGUUAUUUGUUAGCUUUUUGAUUCUUUCCAAAUUGAAUCACACUACCGUCCAUUUAGAUGUGCAUGUUGCAAAUGAAGGGGAUACCAGCAAAGGAAAAGCUGCCGGAGCGUUUUCAGCCUUUGUGAAUCGGUAGGAGAGAUGACGCCAAACUGUUGCUUCUACAUUCUGUUCAUUUCCCUUCAACCACUACAAUGCGAAGCUCUGUUAUAACAUAAGGAGUCAUGUAGUUGGUGUCUUUUUAUUGCUCUAGUUGACCCCCCUGAAGCUGAAGUAAACCUACUUGGAUCAUCGGGCUGAUCUAUUGCUGUGGUUUACAUGAUGUCAAUUUACCCCGAAUGUUCGACCAGAUGCCCACCACCACGCAGCCACCCUGACGCCGACCUUUCUCCCACUCAUCGGAGCCCAAUGAGCCCUGAUUUUUGAAAACCAUGUGCAAUUAUUUUAAGACGAACAUAGUGUUUGUGCAGACUGAUGUGUGUGAGUGAGGUUUUGUAAAAGUAAUACUUCUGAUUUCAAUAAAAUCGGUCUGUAUUCAAUA